AAAGUUUCGAAGUCCGAACUUGCCUUCGAACGGAUCUACACGAAAAUGGCCACCGGAGUGAUGCUUAAAACAUGCUACGUGGCCACCACCAUUGGCAUGUUCAUUUUCAUCGGAACAAUAUUAUUCUAUAUGUUAUCUGGUCAGGGUUCUCGCUACAGCGUUGCAUGGCUUCUCACCCAAACUUCACCCCACAUGUGGGCUGCACUCGGUAUUGGCGCAUCACUGUCGCUGUCUGUGAUCGGCGCUGGAUGGGGUAUUUUCACAACUGGUGCGUCGAUUUUGGGUGGUGGCGUGAAGGCACCCCGAAUCCGAACCAAAAAUUUAGUGUCGAUUAUUUUCUGUGAAGCAGUCGCUAUAUUCGGCAUUAUUAUGGCGUUUGUAUUCAUCGGAAAGCUACAGCCUUUCACGCGUGACGGUGCCACUGAGGCGGUGAUAUCGAAGAAUUUAGCCGCUGGUUAUAUGCUGUUUGGUGGUGGCCUCACAGUUGGCUUCAGCAAUAUGGUUUGNGGAAUUGCCGUCGGUAUUGUGGGUAGUGGGGCAGCACUCGCAGAUGCAGCCAAUCCGGCACUCUUCGUUAAGAUUCUCAUCAUCGAGAUUUUCGCUUCUGCGAUCGGUUUAUUCGGAAUGAUCAUUGGUAUUGUACAGUUGAGAAGUCAUAUACAGAAAUAG